GCGGGACGCCAUUUUGGGAUCGAGCCCGCGCCGCUGAGAUUUGCACUAACGGAAAGUCUUGAGGCGAAGUGUUGUUAGCUUCAGGCUAAUUCAGUUUAAAUAACUGUUCUGUUUUAUUGCAAAUUUUUAUUUUUAUUAAAAAGAAAAAUGCCUUUUCAGUACCCAAACGCGUAUCGCGAUGAAGCUGUGGUGGACGAUUACCACGGACACAAGGUUCCCGACCCGUACAGCUGGCUGGAGGAUCCGGACAGCGAGAAGACGCAGGCGUUUGUGAACGAGCAGAACCAGGUGACGUUGCCCUUCCUGGAGGAGUGUCCAAUCAGAGAGGUUUUUAAAGAGCGUAUGACCGAGCUGUAUGAUUACCCGAAAUACAGCUGCCCCUUCAAACGGGGUAACAGAUAUUUUCACUUCUAUAACACGGGCCUGCAGAACCAAAGCGUUCUCUACGUACAGGAGAACCUCGAGGCGGAACCCAGGGUGUUCCUCGAUCCGAAUACGUUCUCAGACGACGGAACUGUAGCGUUACAGGGUUACGCGUUCUCGGAGGACGGCGAGUACCUGGCGUACGGUGUGAGCGCGAGCGGCUCCGAUUGGGUGGAGAUCCGGUUCCUGCGCGUCGACGGAGCCGUGGCUCUGGAGGACCGUCUCGAGCGGGUCAAGUUCAGCUGCAUGGCCUGGACUCACGACGGAAAAGGCCUCUUCUACAACUCGUAUCCCGAGCAGGACGGAAAGAGUGAUGGGACGGAGACGUCCACUAACCUGAAUCAGAAGCUGUACUAUCACGUGUUGGGGACUCCGCAGUCCCGGGAUAUUUUGUGUGCCGAGUUUCCCGACCAGCCCAAGUGGAUGAGUGGAGCUGAGGUUUCUGACGAUGGCCGCUACGUGUUGCUGUCCAUCAGAGAAGGGUGUGACCCAGUGAACAGGCUGUGGUACUGCGACCUCAACACCGUCUCGGACGGCAUCACAGGGUUGUUGCCGUGGGUGAAGCUGAUCGACAACUUUGACGCUGAGUACGAAUACGUGACGAACGAGGGCACCGUGUUUACUUUCAAAACUAACCUGGACGCUCCGCUCUACCGUCUCAUCAACGUGGACUUCGCUCAGCCGGCACCCAGUCAGUGGAAGGAGCUCAUCCCGCAGCAUGACAAAGAUGUCCUCGUGUUCGCUACGUGCACAUACUCCAGCUUCUUGUGUGUGUGUUACCUCCACGACGUGAAGAACGUUCUGAAGAUGUACCAGCUGGCGUCGGGGGAGGAGCUGAAGACCUUCCCGCUGGAGGUGGGCUCCAUCGUGGGCUUCACUGGCCGAAAGAAGGACUCCGAGAUCUUCUACUACUUCACCUCUUUCCUCUCUCCAGCCAUCAUCUACCACUGCGACCUCACCAAGACUCCUCUACAACCGCACGUCUUCAGGGAGGUCCAAGUGAAGGGCUUCGACCCUACAGACUACCAGACCACACAGGUGUUCUACCCCAGUACAGACGGCACGCAGAUCCCCAUGUUCAUCGUGCACAAGAAGGGCCUCCAGCUGGACGGCUCACACCCGGCCUUCCUCUACGGCUACGGAGGAUUCAACAUCUCCAUCACACCCAGCUACAGUGUUUCCAGGCUCAUCUUUGUGAGGCAUCUGGGAGGAGUUUUAGCCGUGGCCAACAUCAGAGGAGGAGGAGAGUACGGGGAAACAUGGCACAAAGCGGGGAUGUUGGAGAACAAGCAGAACUGUUUCACUGAUUUUCAGUGUGCAGCAGAGUAUCUGAUCAAGGAGGGCUACACCUCCGCAAACAAACUCACCAUCAAUGGAGGCUCCAACGGAGGCCUGCUAGUGGGGGCGUGUGUGAAUCAGAGGCCGGACCUGUUCGGCUGUGCAGUAGCUCAGGUUGGUGUGAUGGACAUGCUCAAGUUCCAUAAGUUCACCAUCGGCCACGCCUGGACCACCGACUUCGGCUGUUCUGAGAUUAAGGAGCAGUUUAACUGGCUCAUCAAGUACUCUCCUCUGCACAACAUCCGGAUCCCCGGGGGCGACGGCGUGCAGUACCCAGCUGUGCUGUUGUUGACCGGUGACCAUGACGACCGCGUGGUGCCUCUGCACUCUCUGAAGUACAUCGCCACCCUGCAGCACGUGAUUGGUCGCUGGCCCGGCCAAUCAAACCCUCUCUUUAUCUACGUGGACACGAAGUCGGGUCACGGGGCGGGAAAGCCCACCAGCAAGGUGAUCCAGGAAGUGGCAGAUACCUACGCCUUCAUCGCCCGCUGCCUAGACCUUCACUGGAUCAAUUAACACUAACACACACACACACACACACACACACACACACACACACACACACACAGUUCAUUCAGCUGCUAAUUCCCUGGCUUUCUCUCUCUCUCUCUCUCUCUCUCUCUCUCUCCCUCUAUCCAUCCAUCCCUUACUCUCUCCUUUUCUCCUGUAUUCCUUCAUCAAUCCCGUCUUCUUCCGUCUGCUUCUCUUUGUCUUCCUCCUUCUGUCUUUCCUGUUUCUUCUCUUUCUCUCUCUCUCUCUCUCUCUUCCUUCUUCCCUUCUUCUUUCUCCAUCUCUUAUUCUCGCUCCCCCUCUUUCCCUUCUCCCCUCAUUUUCCCUCUCUUCCCCUCUUCCUUUCUGUUUCCAGCUCUAUCUCUUCCUCUAUCCCCUUCUCUCUCAUCCCUUUCUCUUUCAGUCCCUUCUUCUUUUUAUCUUCUUAUUCUCUGUUUCUCUUUCUCUCUCCCACUUUCCUCCUUAUCCUGUUCCUCUUUCUCCAUCUCUUAUCUCACUAUCCUCUCUCCCUCCAUCCUUCUCCCUGUCUCCCAUCUUUCCAUCUUCUUGCUUGCCCGCUCUUCCUCCUGUUCUUUCUCUUCCCUGCUUUGUCUUUUCCUCUCUUUCAUCCCUUCCUCCUUAUCAAUCCCUUCUUUUCUUUAUCUUCCUCUCUCUCUCCAUUUCCUCUUCCAUUUACUUAUUUCUUCUCCCUCCCUCCCCUUCUUUCUCUCCUCUUCUUUUUCCUCACGUAUUCUCUCACCUCUCGUCUUUCCGUCUUUCUUCGCUUUCCCUUUCUUUUCCUCUCCCUUUCUUCCUGCUGUUCUUUCUCUCCCUCUCUUUAUCUAUCUCCCAUUUCUCCUGUCCUCUCUCGCUUUCCAUCAGCUCUCAGUGAUUACUCUUCUUCACUCCUCUCUUCACUCUCCUUCUUUCUCCAUUCCUCUCCCUGUUUCUCUCUCUCUCUUGCUCUCUCUCUCCCUCCCUCCAUCCUUUUCUUUUUAUUCCUUCUCUCCACACCUCUUCCUUCUCUCUCUCUCUCUCUGCUCUGCUCUGUAGAUAUUUAAACCAUGUAACAUUUCACUCCUUAGUAAGCCUUUAUCGUCCCCUCUCUCUCCCUCCAUCCUUUCCUUUUAUUCCCUCUCUCCACACCUCUUUCCUCUCUCUCUCUCUCUCUCCCUCCUCUGUAGAUAUUUAAACCAUGUAACAUUUCACUCCUUAGAAAGCCUUUAUCAUCCUCUCUCUCUCUCUCCCUCCUUUCCUUUUUAAUCCUUUUCUCCACACCUCUUUCCUCUCUCUCUCUCUCUCUCUCUCUCUCUCAGCGCUUUCCUGACUCACUCAGCGUGUUAAUGAUUUUUCUAUUAUUCACUAAUGUUUUCCGGGACGUUCCCUCAUGGCCUCAUGGCCUCUGAUACACUUUGUACAGACUCUUUAUUUAUUAGCAGGUUCAAUACAAUUCAGUAAUUCUUUAAUUAAUGAUUAACCGCACAGUAUGUGAGUGUGUGUGAGAGUGUGUGAGUGUAUUAAGGUGUCAUAUGUAUAAAAUUUCAUAUUGCUUCUACCUCCAGACUUAUGCAGAUUGUUUGUUUUUACCUUUUAAAGGGAAUAAAUGUCAGCGUAACAUGAAAUAAAGAACUGGUGUAAUAAACGGGAUGUUGUUUGGAA